GGCGUCCAGCCCGCGCCAGUCGGGAACCACACGGCGCGGCUGCAGCACGCCAUACACCUCCGCUUAUCUCUUAUCACUACUCAAAUGAUACAUCAAAUUACCUCACUAGUGCUCAGAUAAUGAACACUUCAACAGUGAUAGCCGUUCCAGUACCGAUUUAAUUCUUUUACAAGCAUAUUUUUUGAUACAUCCUUAUAUUUUUUUUUGUUUUCCUGAAAUGUUUGAUUCGCGUCCGCGCGUAAGGACUCAAGAAGUGUAAACUUUAAAAGUUAGUGAGUGUUAAAGUGAGUGACUCAAGAUGAAGACGAUUUUGUUAGUGGUGACCCAAAUCUUGAUUUUGGCGAGUGUAGAGAGUACGCCGUGCCCCAAAGUACAGAGCGUGGACAUUACGGAUGGCGUUCUGUAUGAGAAUCGGUCAGUAAUCUUUGAGGAUUUGGAAUACAAGAGCGGGACGUGGUACGAGAGUGAUGAAAACGGUACAACAAUACGAUGGGGUUGUCCCUGCAUCGGACGGAUUUGUGUGCACAGGUGUUGCCAGCGCGGUCAGGCAAUUUAUAACGGUUGUACUUUCACAAACUCCAGUGAAAUAGAUCCAUUCAGUCCCCCUGUGUAUAACGGGAAGGUGUUGUCCAGCGUGGUGGCGCACGAGCAUUUCUUUUACUUGUACCAGCGACCCUGCGAUGACAGCUAUCUCGUCGACUCCGGGGCUGUCGGCGAGGAACUUUACAUUCAACAGAAUGGCACUUUAUAUGAAGUGGCACCGGGAGGCCAACAGUGGCACCUGCCGACCGGCUACUGCGUGGACAUGAUGUUCAACGAGAACUUCUCCGAGCCGCGGCUGGUGGCCGGCGUCUGCUUCCAAGAUGUUGUCACUGAUGACAGUGUCGUCCUCUACAUCGUUUAUGCUGUUGGUCUACUUCUUUCGGUUCCAUUCUUACUGGCAACAUUCCUGAUCUACGCCUUCAUUCCUGACCUGAGGAACCUGCACGGCAUGUGCCUGAUGGCCUACUGCGGAGGCCUGAUAGUGGCCUUCCCUUUCCUGGCCUAUCUCAAGCUUCACGUAGGCCAAAUUGGGGUCGCUGUGACCGGCUGCUUGGUAGCGGCGUUCAUCGUUUACUACGCAUUCCAAACGAGCUUCUUUUGGCUGAACGUCAUGUGUUUCGAUAUAUGGAGGACUUUCAGAUGUUAUAAAAAUUAUUCCAAUAACAGUGGUUAUCGCGGAGGCAGCAUGAACAAGAGGCGGGAGAGGAAGCGGUUCCUUCUGUACGGGCUGUACGCGUGGGGGAUGCCUCUCCUGCUGACAGUAUUGACGGCAGUCAUGCAGUUCAGCGACCUUCCUGCCCAUAUCAUCACGCCAGGGUUCGGAACUAGGCGGUGCUGGUUCGCAGAUUGGCUGAGCGACCUGGUGUACUUCUUCACCCCGGUGCUGGUGUUGGUGGUGUGCAACAUCAUAUUCUUCUCCGUAACCGCGCACCGCAUUCGCUCCAUCAGACAAGAGACCGCCAUCUUGAAAGGCGCCGAGUCAUCCCGCAGUGACAAACUCAAGAAAGACAAACAGAGAUACGGCCUCUACCUAAAGCUAUUCAUGGUGAUGGGAGUGAACUGGUCGGUAGAGCUGAUCAGCUUCGUGGUAGGGGGCUCCAACUGGUACUGGAUCAUAGUGGACAUAUCGAACAUGGGCCUCGGAAUAUUCGUCUUCCUAAUAUUCGUAUGGAAGAAGAAAGUUCGCAACUUGGUGCAAAAGAGAUUCCGUACACUGUUCGGGCUGCCGUACACGGAGCGUGACCAGCGCACCGGCAAGUGGAACACCACCAGCACAGCUCCGACAGAAGACACUCGCAUAUCCUCCGACGACUCAGCUCUGCGACUCAAAGAUAUGCAUUAACCAAGAAGGUUAGGUGUCUUACCAGACCCGAGCAUGACAAGUUUACGCCAAAGAAUUCUCAUGAAAACAUCGAGGCAUCACAUAAUUGCUAGUCAAUUUCAUAUAAACAUUACACGAGUAGAAAUACGCUUUUUAUGAGAUUUAAGUUACAUUUUAAGUCAAAAGUUUAGCUUAUAGAUAAUAUUAGCAAGUAGUGAUUGUAAGCAUUUAUUUCUUUAAAUGAUAUACCUAUAUUAACUAAUACAUUAUUUCUAUUUCCAAUCAAUUUUUAAUAUUAUCAAGCAGAAUAGAAAAUACGCAUAUCUUGUAAUACAUAUUUAUCAUUGAAGCAAAGAGUGUACAAAAGAUUGACUAUUUUUAUAAAUACUGAUGGAUUUUCUGUUAAACUUCAUUGUUGUUAUGCCACUGGUUGCAUGAUCCUGUUUAGACAUAUUUAAUUAUAAGUAAAAUAAAUAUUUGUUCUAUUUUUAAGAUAUGUGCCUACCGGUAUUUUUAAACAGUAGUAAAUUCUAGUACAAAAU